GUAUUUAAAGGCCAACACUGCCCGUGCCUGCUCAGUCCGGCCAGGACGGCGACGGUGAAGCACCUGGGUUGAGAGGGAGGAGCAAGGUAACAAGCGACCACUGCCUCUCCCGUCCCCAGCCCUAGCCUCGGCGGAGGCGGGUGUGUGUGGGACCUGGGAGUGGCUCUCACAUCUCAUCGCCCACCAACACCUUCCUCCCCCACCAUCCUUACCCCACCCAACCCACCUGGGCAAGACAACCCAGGUGCGAAAAACAGUGAUUCUGACUGAAGAGCGAGCAAGUGGAGAAGAAAGAGGGGGAUCCUCGUGAAGAGGGAAGGCUUGGUCACAGUCAAAGGCACGUGGCACUAGGGACUCCAACUGAGGAGGCGCUGACUAUUGACCAUCCGAUAAGGCCAAAGUGCCUGCUCCUAGGACGCUACCACUGAGACCCAGUGGAGAUCUCAACCAUGACCCAGACGGUCAACGAAAGGGAGGACCCCCUCAAUCUGGGCGGCGGUGGCUGGGCAUCCUCCAUUCCAUUGCGCACCUGGUCCUCCUACCAUCGAAGGCAGAGGGGCGCUCCGAUGUCCAAGCGGCGAUACCGCGAUGGCCCCAAAAUUGAGUAUGAGGCUUCCAGGAAACAACCCAAGCAACAGCGCAACCCUGGCUCUUGGUUUCAACCAUCCAGAGGGCCCUACUGGGCCCUGUACUCCAACUGGGAGCGCUGUGGAGGGCCCUGGCGCCCACCUCUUAUAGCAUUCCAGAGCCCUCUGUGCCCAGCACAGAUGAUCCGGGCCUAUGGUCUGCACCCGCUCUGCGUCUGCUGCUGUUCCUGCUGGAGCGGGCCCUGGAACCCCGGCUGGGAGAGACCCCCGGGUAGAAAGAAGCGCUGGGGACGCAGGGGUCGUGGUCUGCGCCGCCACCCUCGUCGCUCCUUCCGGAGGAAUCCACCAAUAGACCUGAGCAAGAUGCUGCGCCCGGUCAACCUGUCCGGGUGGCGGGCACCUGGGAUGAGAGCGCCACGGAACACCACCCAGUUCAUCAUGAACCAGGUCUAUGAAGACAUGAGGCAGCAAGAGAAGCUGGAGCGCCAGCAGGCAGCAUUGAGGGCACAGCAAGCCCAGGCGGGUGGCAUCUCCCCAGGAGACUCCACUACCAACGAUGCGCCCCACAGCGGCGUCGAAGAAGAUUCGCAGUUGCCGGAAGAUCUGUAUGGCUUCAUGCAGGAUCCCUCUCUAACCUUUAGUCCUGCUCUAAUGCAGCACAACCAGUCUCCCAUCCCAGGGCUGGUAGAGGAAGAGGAGAAAAAUGUUGAUGAGUGUGACGUAGAGGUUUGUGAUGAAAAAGAGGAGAGCGAGGAGGAGGAGGAAGUGGACAGAGAGUCAGAGGAUGAAGAUGUGGAUGCGGAGGAAGUUGAAGCGACUGGCAAUGGGGAGGAAGGGGAAGAGGACCAAGAAGAGGAGUAUAUGUUGGAAGAAGAGGGGCUGGAGGAGGGAGAACAGAGAGAGGAAGAAAAAUUCUUGCCUCUGGGAAUGCCUUUGUCAAUCCUAGUAGGGGACGAAGAAGAAAGAGAUAACUUUAUGAACUAUGAUUACUUAAGCCAAGAACAAAUAAUCCCCAAUGUGCCAGAGGCAGAUUUGUUUAUGGUACCGGACAUUAGCCAUUAGUCAUCAGGAAGGGAACUGAGAAACGAAAUGGAACCGAUUUGAGGCUAAUAUGGAUUAACAGCUUGUUAAAAACAAAUUCAAAAGUGAGUUCCAUUAAUAAACAUCAAUGUAAAACACCUUGGUUGGCCACGAUAAAAAUAUUUAAACAUUGGUGUGUUUGUGUAUGACUAUGGGUGGGGGAGGGGAAGAUUUCAGAUAUAUUUUAUUGAAAAUGAUUAAAGGCCAAAUAUUUU